CGGGAAGCACACUUUUACUGUGAUUUUUCAUCACCGCGUGUCUGAAUGUUAUAUCACAAACCACGGGAGUGCGGGAGAUGGCGGUCAGUGUCGUGAGCUAUCUCGUGUUCGUCUUCUUUGCUGUGCUGCAGUAUCGUGAUGUGAACGCGGAGACAAAAACGUUCAAGGAUCUAUUCAACAGUACAUCGUGUGCAAAACCACCCUACGAAUGUCCACACCCACAAAUUGAAUUUUAUUUAUACACGAGAGAAACGCAGAAGAAACCUUUACGCAUUGACGUACGAAGGUUCGAGUCGCUUCAGCACUCCAAAUUUAAUAAAUCACAUCCUACGAAAAUCAUUAUCCACGGUUUUGGCGGAGGGAGGAAUUUAAUACCUAGCCCGGAUAUUCGAAAAGCGUAUUUCACGCGAGGCGAUUACAAUAUUAUAAUCGUCGAUUACGGUUCGUUGGUACACGAGCCUUGUCUGUCGCAAAUACAAUGGGGUCCAGAUUUCUGUUCACGAUGUAUUGCUCAAUUGGUAAGGUACUUGAGGGAUCAUCCUCGGGGAACGAGGGUGGAGAAUAUACACGUGCUUGGGUACAGCGUGGGCGCGCAUAUAGCUGGCCUGAUUGCGAAUUAUUUGCCCGAUGACAAGCUUGGAAGGAUUACAGGUAACGAACGAUUGGAUCCAACGAUAUUUUUCUACAUGAAUGGAAACCGGUCGAUGGAUCUAGACGAAACGGACGCGCAUUUCGUCGAUGUGAUCCAUACUGGUGCCGGGAUCUUGGGACAAUGGGGACCGACCGGGCACGCGGAUUUCUACGUGAACGGAGGAUCCAGCCAGCCUGGAUGCGCGACAGCUUCCUUGCUCCAGACGCUGUCGUGCGAUCACACAAAAGUCACACCCUAUUACAUAGAGUCAAUCACGACGAAAGUAGGAUUCUGGGCAGCGCCGUGCGGAAAUCUGUUUUCCUACCUGAUCGGCUGGUGCAAUCCGAAGCUCGAGGAGUAUAUACUCAUGGGAGAAGACGCCCCACACACAGCACGAGGCAUCUAUUAUCUCUCAACAAACGGACACAAACCAUACGCCCGCGGCCUUCCCGUAAAAAACCAACGAACGACAAAUCGGAAACGAUCGUCCUCCCGCCAAUCAAUAGAGUUAAGAAUAAAUUCUCUACAUCUUACGGUGGACAACGUAGAAUCUACGAUAAAAAAUGGACAGCUUCGGUUGUUCGAUGGAGAAACGACAAACGGAAAUCAACCACUAUCGCGGAGUUCAGUUUCUUCCGGGAGCCAGAACGAUGCUUCAACAACUGCUGCAACGAGCUGUGCGUUUCAC